AUGGUGUAUAUGGACCUGCGCUGCCGCAGCUUCGCAAUUCAGAAGUAUCACGCGUUUCGAAACGGGUCAUAUCCCGUGGAAGCCAACAUCCCUCAUUCCCAACUUCAUCGGUUCACUGAAGAGCUGCCACAAGACCCCUGGGAGACGAUUAUUUCAGGGCUCGAAGCCCUCGGAGGCCCUCUAGAUCAAGAGGAUCACCCGAACACGAGCGUCAAAGAGGUGCAUCUCAUGGACCUUGCAGAACCUUCGGAAGCUGCGUCCAAUGCGAAUACUAGGACAGAUGCUUCCAGUAAACCGCGACAGGUCGGAGGACCAACCUUCACUCCGUACGAUAUGGCACGCAUCAAUCAAAUCGCCCAAAGUCUAGCCCAAGAGGCCUCGAAAGAGACGAUGGACAAGAUUAGGGCGGGUUUCCAGCUUAUAGAACCCGCGCAACGACAGAAGAUGGAACGGCAGGGCCAGGAUCUUGUUAAACUUUACUUUAGACGCCCAGCAGUGAUGGCUCUCCAGAGGGAGAGGGAGAUGCAGAGGCAGCUCCAACGUCAGAUGCAGGAGCAAAGCCCGAUGCAGGGACAAGGCCAGAUGGCGCUCGGUCAGCCUUUCAAAGGCGCAGUGUGCUCAACCGACAAGCUUCUUAAAGACUUAUCAGUAAUAUGGCAUAAGGUUUAA